CAGAACGAACGAACGAAUUGUAAAAAUGAAAGUUCAAAACAUUGCAGUGAUAUGUGAAUUGACGGUACAGUUUUUAAUUCUGCUGCAUACCUUUAGUUCAUCUUCACAUCAGGCAUCAGCAUCAAUGGAAAUACGACGGAUAAAAAAGGCGGACAACAAAAUAGUAGUGUACCUCCGACAGAAAAAACUACGGACAAUAAUUAGAUGUUGUGGAAAAUCCAGAUGUUCCUCUCCGAAUAAAAUUGCGAAAAAUACAACACUUACAAUAGUAAAAACUUUGGCAACAACUCCAACAGCAGAGGUGCCAUCAGAAACUGACCCAUCAGAAGCAAAAAUGAUAACUAAACACGAUCAAGCUACAAGUGAAGGAGACGCAACUGGAAACGGCGAAGUUGCCAGCGAAGGAGUAACCCCUUUUAAAGACAUGCCGACAGAAAUUAAUACACAACCAGCACCGAUAGAUACGGAAACAAAAACCGAAACUGUGGUGACCUCAACAGAAGCUCCAGCGCCAACUCAAGUUGAUUUCACGACGAUGACGACGUCCGCAUCCACGGAAGACACAACCUCUGCCACCUCAACAACAACCACGUUUACUUUAACAUCUGAAUCAACCACAACUAAGGAACCUUCCUUAACCACAACCACUUCACCUGAAACAACAACAACAGCAACCACUGCAGUUACGACAGGGGCAACAACAACAACCACUACUAGUACCACUACGGCACCAGCUUCAACAUCCACCAGCACGACUACUACAACUUUAACUACGACCACGACCCGGACGCUUACUUGUGCUGAUUUUCCUGCAUCGAGAUAUUUUUUUGGAUCGACAGUGUCCACCUACGCAGAUUCGAGGAAGGCAUGUCAAAGUAAAAGAAUGGAUCUGGCCGUUUUCGAGACUGAGUUAGAACGGACGUGCACCAUGCCUAAAGUGGACACUGCAUUCCAUGCUGGAGCGUGGAUUUGGAUCGGAAAGGAUAAUCUAGGCAGAGCAGACCAGAAGUAUGUGUGGAUAAACGGUGCAAAUGACACUUAUUCUUGGUGGGGCUUAUUACAGCCACAAGCUCCUACUGUAGAGCAAUGUGUUAUAAUAAUAUCGCAAACAGACGGAGGAAAGUGGUACGACUUAAGCUGCAACACGCUGCAAUCUUACGCAUGUGAGAGCAUAACUUAAAAUUAAACAGACAAUUUGCCCUCAUUGCAAAAUAAAAAAUAUAUAUAAAACAUGAACAAUUUGGAAUGUAUGAAACUAACCACGA